AUGAGAAGGGAUUUCAUUGAUCUAUCUGAUAUGCUAACUUCUUUAUUUAAUCCACAAGCCUAUUUACGUUUGAUGUUUAGUGGAAGUCAUAGAGAAGGAUUUAGACUGGUGGAGUCCGAUAGAGAUUCUAUGUACUGGCCUAAAAACCACCGGGUAAUUUGGAAUUUAUCCCAGAGCCAGCUCUACAGCAGAAAAACACUGAUUCUAUCUGACUGCUCCCAGAGUCCACCAGGGUUUGCAUUACUCCAAUUGCUCUUUCCCGCCAUUACUACAAUACAAAUCAGGUCUUCUUGUUUUACAUUGAAUGGCAAAGAAUAUAUAUCUAGUUCUGAAUUUCGAAAUAUAUUGCCGCCUAUGACAGGGAAACCAAAAUGCCAUAUCCAUGGGCCGUGUAAAAGUGGAACUUUCCUAGGUGUAGAAUUUGACGAUGCUAUCUGUUUUGCAAGUGAUUUUUGGCCUCCAUCUGCCCAAGCAUGGAUCGAUAGAUGUCACUCGUGGCCGAGUCCUCACGUAGUUGAUGAUAUUGUCAGGAAUGGAUGUCACUUUGUAGCAAUAGGGCACAAACUAGGAAAUCACGCGGAAAAUGAAUGGAGAAUUUCGUUCUCUCUUGCAGAGCAAAAGCUUGUAUACUCAAUGAACCACUGUCAGUUUCUUACGUAUGGUUUACUCAAGCUAAUUCUAAAAGAAGUCAUCAAGGAAAGGAUAGAAGAAAGUUUACUUUGCUCUUAUCACAUGAAAACAGCAGUAUUUUGGGCUAUUCAGCAAAAUUUAAUACCUCAUUGGUAUCCAGAAAAUUUUCUGAAAUGUUUCUGGGUCUGCUUUAAACUCCUUCUUAAAUGGGUGUAUGAAGGCGUAUGUCCUAACUUUUUCAUCCCAGAAAACAACAUGUUUUUAACAAACAUAUUCGGUGAAUCUCAAAGGAAGUUAUUUCUCGAGUUAUACGGACUGUAUGAGAAGGGUAUGGCAUUACUGCUACACAGUCACUCCAUCCGAUCAACAAUUAUAAUUGGUCUAUGUCUCCCUGGAGUACGCAUAAAUACUGCAAAAGACGAUGAAGAAAUCUUGUUCGAUUUGAAUUUUUUGUUUGAACUAGAAUCAAAUAAUCCAAUAGUAAGGCCAACUCUAAACCGCUGUUUCGAAUUCCAAAAAAUAUUGGAAACUUUGAUGAAUGGAAAGCUAACAAACUAUCAAGUUCUCUUGGUACAGAAUCUCACGGUAAUCAACCUCCAGUGCACGGCUUUUGUGCUAUGUAACAGGUGCGCUAACACUGCUGAGAACAAACUUGUGUAUAAAGCUGAUAAAAUAUCGUGCUACAUGUUGAAACUAGCAGCAAAAUUAGGAUCUAUUUCUGAUAUCCUUUACCUUGCAAUGUAUCAUUACAAGACUUUCAGAUAUAUGAAAGCAAUAUCUGUUUUACAGAUAGCAAAGAUCUACUUUGCACAACCAUACGUCAUGCAUUCGCGUUACUUUAACAGUGAGAGGUAUAUCGAGGCGUUUGGGGGACAGUCUAGUGAAACAAAGAUGAGGAGAGCUUUAGCAAAGGAUGUCAUUCUCUAUAGAGACAUUUACUAUAUCAAUGAAUUAACCCAUGAACAGUGCUCAGAGACCUUCAUCGCUACUAUCAUGAACAUCUCCCCAUUCGUAAUGUUACAUAUGUUGGAAUUCUUAUGUUACAGGCAUUGUGACGAACAUCUUGCGGAAGAUGCCUUAAAUGAUUUACAGAUCUUUGUAAAGCAGGGCAAAAUUCAUCCAGGUUAUAGAGAUAUAUGUUGGCAGAUCUUAGGGAUUUGUCAGCAGCUCAGGGGCGACUUUCCAUCAGCUCUGUAUUCAUAUCGACAAUCACUGAGACAGUAUCCCACCCACAGCCUACAAAACGUAACGCUGAGGAGAAUACAUGAUAUUGUGUGA